AUGGGAAAUAACUCGUUGACACCGACGAAGCAGUGCAAUGGGUGCCUCGAGGGCAUCGAUGGUAGAGGCGAGCACUCCGCUGGGAUGACUACCAAUAGCUUCUAUCGAAUCGAUCUACAUACACACGUCAUGCCACGGACAUUGCCACGACUGUCUGACUCUGGACAGAAUGGAACACAGUCGGCCUCCUGGAUUGAGCUAAAGCCAUCAGGCGUGACAGGAGAAUCAGUUGAUAUUUAUGUCGAUUCCAAACAUUUCCGAACCGUCCAAGACAACUGCUUCGAUCCAGAAGUACGCUUAAGGGACAUGAACCAGUCUGGCGUCCACGUCCAGGUACUGAGUACUGUUCCGGUCCUGUUCUUUUACGACAAGCCGGGAAGAAUAGUCACCCAGUUAGCUCGCGCACUCAACGAUCACCUCUCACAGAUGUGCACACAGUACCCGACCAGAUUUGUCGGUCUGGCAACAGUCCCGCUGCAAGAUGUGCAAGCAUCUGUCGAAGAGCUUCGGAGGGCAAAAUAUACCCUCGGACUAAAAGGUGUCGAGAUCGGAACUACGAUCGGUGACAUGAAUCUCGACGACUCUAGAUUGGACCCGUUUUGGGCUGCCUGUCAGGAAUUGGAUAUGCCAGUCUUUGUCCAUCCGCUUGGCUACUCCCUGCUGAAAGAGAAUGAGCGGCGAUGGGGUCAGUAUUGGUCUUCAUGGUUGAUUGGAAUGCCCUGUGAAACAGCCCUAUCGAUGCUUGCCUUGACAUCUUGCGGGCUCUUGCUCCGAUACCCACUACUACGCUUUUGCUUUGCCCACGCGGGAGGGGCAUUUCCAACAUUGAUGGGAAGAAUAGAGCACGGUUACAACUGCAGGCCAGACUUGGUCGCUGCAAGAGCCGGUGGACGAAGUCCCUCGGAUCACCUUAGCUCAGGCGACAAUCUCUGGAUAGAUAGCCUGGUCCAUGACCCGGACCUCCUCGCAUACCUGUGCAAGAAGAUAAGACCGGAUCGCAUCCUCAUGGGAAGCGACUAUCCUUUUCCUCUCGGCGAAGUCCCUGAAGCGGGUAAGAUGUUGACAUCCAAUGCAUCAAUCUCUAAAUUUCUGUCAACGGAACAACGUGCAAUGAUGCUAGCUGGAAAUGCCAUUGAAUUUCUGAAGUUGGACGAAAGGUUCCAGAAUGCAUACGAAGCUAGCUUAGAAGACGUGUUAAAGGGCAGUUUUAAUGUUAUAAGAACCUAA